GGUAAUCUCUGCAUCUGCUGAAUUUUCUCUAAUUUCAAGUUAUAUUUCUAUACAGCUGAAACCCUAGUGUUGUUUAUCGUCUUUAAUUUCUGAAAUUCAGUUACAUUACCCACAUGAAAUUCUGAAUUUCUGUUGUUUUUAUAUAUUGAUCACGAGUUCUAUAGAUUGUGAUGAUUGAUAAUGUCGAAUUUGAAUGUGAAUGAUACAUUGAUGACUAUUCCUUUAGAUGUUAUUAGGGAUAUUCUCUUACAAUUGCCUGCAAAACCUUUGCUACGAUUCAAGUGUGUGUGCAAAUCAUGGUAUAAUUUGAUCAAUGAUCCUAGUUUUAUUCGGCGCCAUGUCGAACAAUCCCUUGCUACUCAAUCAAAUCUCCACUUUGUUAUUAGAACCCCCAUGCUUCAUUUGGCAGAUUUUGAUACUUUCGAUAACCCCGUUGAGCUCGAUUACCCUUUCAAGAAUUCCAGUGAUGGUGGUGGUGAAAUCGUGGGAUCGUGUAAUGGUUUGUUUUGCCUUUGGAAUUAUGAUUAUGGUCUUUCCUUAUUCUUGUAUAACCCGACUACCCAAACCCACAAAAUCCUUCCCGAUUUGCCUAUCAUUGCUCCCUUUUCUUUUAGGCUGUCGAAGUUUGAUAUUGGAUUUGGUUAUGAUAACAUUUCGGAGGACUAUAAAUGUGUAAGGAUUCUUCAGAAUCAUGACAAGGAAGCGGGUUCUGUUGAGAGUGAAGUCAUGGUUUAUAGCUUGAAGAGUGAUUCGUGGAGAAGGGGUCCGGAUGUUCCUUACUACUUUCAUUACCACAAUGGAUUGGGAAAUACUGCUCUGCUGAAUGAAACUGUCCAUUGGGUUGGUGAUAAUGGAGAUAGAAUCGCACUACCUAUAGUUGCCUUCAAUCUAAGGGAUGAAACUUUUAGCUCAAUACCAUUGCCCGAUUUUGAUGCUCAGUGGAAUGCUGGCAUGUUUGUGGGAGUUCUGGAUGGGUUUUUGUGUCUUUCGGUAAGCUAUGUAGAUAACUUUGAUGUAUGGGUUAUGAAAGAGUACGGCGUGGCUGCAUCUUGGACAUGCUUGUUUAGUGUUGAUAAACGCACGAUUAUUGAGCAUCUGGAACGGCCUAUCUUUUAUUCACUGAACAGGAAGGAAUUGUUUGUUAGGAUUUGCCUGUUGAAAGUUGCCGCCAUCAAUUUGGAAACACUGCAAAUCAGAGAUGUGAAGGUUGCUGGUUUUCACAAAUGUGUAGAUGCCCAUGUUUGUGUAGAGAACCUUCUUAUGUUGAAAGAUGUUGUCGUUGAUGUUCCUGUUGGGGAGGAAAACCAAGGCCAAAAGAAGUCUAAGAGAAGGAAAAGAAGGAAACAUAGGAGGUGAAGAUGGUUCAGUCUUUUUCUCUUCAUCUAUUAUCUUCACUUUGAUGAUCAAUGUUGGUCUCAAGUAAAAUAAAGGGAAGAUAAAGCACAUCAUUAUCUUUUAUCUUUCGUGUUUGCUAGUACUAUUUGUUGUGGAUCUUUGCUGUUAUUACACUUUGAAUAUAAAUGCAUCUUAUACCUUGUUAUUUGUUUCA